AUGUCAUCGCCAGUCGAUUCCACUUUCUCGUCGUCUACCGACUCGCGACUGUCGUCCUCCAGCUUUCACGUCUCUGGUGCAGCAGGUACAUCGACUCGCAACCGCCUUAAUGCUAGCCUUGGCAAAAGGCACUUUGUGCUCGAAUCAUUGCUGAAUGACCCCUCUUCUAGCUCGAGCAUCAGCAGCAGCAGCAAAGCCUUCUUCGACGCUGUCCCACGCAAUGCCGAGUUUGAUUCGCUCAAGCCCAUCCUCGCGCGACUACCGGUCGAGCUAGAUGAUCAAGAAUCGCUGAACGAUGACGAAGCUGACGUUGAAAGCCUCGACUACGUUCUUAGCAAAAGCGGCCGUGUCAUGUAUACGCGUUCACGCCUUCCCUUUCUCGAUCAGCAGAGCAUCGAUCUCUGGAAAGCCCUGCAUCACUUCCAGCCGCUUACCGCAGACUACGCAUCCGGCUACCUCGACACGGCACCACCGCAUCCUCUCCUACCCACGUCAGACGUCUCCGCAUGUCCUGCCUUCACCUCGACGUCGGCACGAGCCUUGGCUCAACUCCGGACUUCUUUCAAUUGGUCCACCCUUCCGAUUCCGUCAUCUCCUGCCAGCACGACACGCAAAUGGUACGGCGUGCUGUUCCUGUCGGUGCGAAAAGCAGGUUCUGAAUCGCUCUCCUUCUACGAAGCUGACCGCCUUUCACACGAAGAAGCUACGCGCUCCGGUGGACUGAUCAUGUACUGGUACGGCUCGCCACAUCCGACGACGGGUGCCAACCUUGCCACCUGCAUCUGGGCAUCCAGAACCGCUGCUGUGGCAGCCUCCAAGCUUCCACUCCACCACAAAGCCGCGCGGUACGCUGCUCCGAGCUACCAACGCUACGACCUUGUCAGGUACAAAGUUGUGAAGCAUGCCAAUGAUGCUAGGCUGCGCAUCGAAGCGUGGACGUCGCAAGACGAUCGAGAAGAGCAGCAGGAUCUUCAGUAG